AUGGACUCUCAGUCGAACUUCGAGACCCCGAGGAUCAUCGAAACAGAACGCGGGAAGCGUAAGCUCGCCUACCAGGGACACAUGUAUACUCAGGAUAGGAAGAACUCGUCGGGCACUGUGCAAUUCUGGCGCUGCGAGUUCAAGGAUAAGUGCAAAGCUCGGUUGCACACAGCUGUAGGAACCGACGAAAUUGUCAAAUCGAUCGGGGAGCACAGCGAUGCGGCUGAUGCAGCCUUUGUAGAGGUGGUUGCGAGUAACUCCGGACUCAGGCGUCGUGCACUCACAACGCAAGAAGCUCCCGCCCAGCUGCUCAAUUAUUUCACGGCUGGUUUAACAGUCGCUGGUCAGGGAUGCCUCCCGAAACACGAAUCUAUAAAGAGGAGAAUCAACAGGCUGCGGGGCCAAAAUUCUCAAGCGCCAGCGUGUCCAAAUGACCGAGCCUCGAUAGUCUUGCCCGAGGCCUACACUACGUACGAAUGCGAGUCAGGGAGCUCAGAACGAUUUCUCCUAGGCGAUUCGGGCAUCGGGGACGAGGAGCGCAUCUUGGCUUUCGGCCGAGAAACAGCGUCUAGCUGGGUUGGCUAUGUGCAGAGACUCUACGUGGACGGGACUCUUAGUUUAGCCCCGGAUCAAUUCGCGCAGGUUUUCGUCAUUUUGGCUGACCGUGGAGGGUAUGCAAUUCCGCUCUGCUACGCCCUCCUUCCAAACAAAUCGGAAAACUCGUACCGCCGCAUGAUCGAUCUUGUCAUGGGAGCCUUCCCGUCGCUGAACCCAGCUUCGAUCGCCAUGGAUUUCGAGAUGGCUGUCAUCAACGCUUUCAUCGCGGCUUUCCCGAAUGCCGAAAUUCACGGUUGCUUAUUCCAUUUGGUCAAAAAUGUGAAGAAAAAGCUAUCGUCCUUGAAUCUUCUGCAACGCUACAAUGCAGAUUCGAAUUUCUCGCUCUGGUCUCGAAUGAUCCCGGCGAUGGCCUUCGUGAGAGAAGAUCUCCUUGACAGAUCAAUGAUGGCUCUUCUGGAAGUCUUACCAGAAGAGUUGAAACCCGUCUACACUUACUUCGAGCUUACGUAUGUGGGUCGCAUACUCAGCGUUCGCUUAGAUGGGUCAGUCAUCAGGGACAGUCCGCUCUUCAGCUCCGAUAUGUGGUCGGUCCAUGAAAGGACUCUCAACGGUGAAAGCCGCACCAACAACUUCGCUGAAGCUGCUCAUCGAAAACUCCAGGGGGCUUUCGGCGUCUGCCAUCCUUCAAUCUGGAAGUUCAUCGAUGGUCUUCGGCAUGUGCAGCACAAGGCAGACGCCGAGCUCGAGCGAUACAAUAUAGGAUCUGCGCCGGCUCCAAAAAGACGCAGAUAUCUGAAUACGGACGCCAAUUUGCUCGAGUUGGUCCGUACCAUCGAGAAUCGAGAGCCGGUGGCCUUUCUGCGAGGGAUCGCAAACAACUUCCUCAUGGACAACUGGAAAAAUCUUGUGAUUCUAGUGUCUUGA